CCUCCCCCUAACUGAAAACCAGACUGUUAAACCACCGCAGCAGGCAAGGAGUUACCUGCACCGCUAAGAGGACCUGGAAUAGUCUGUGCUCUAGAAGAGAGGAGGAGAGGAACAAGGCACGGCAGACAGGGUGCCUGGGCUCUCUGUGUGAGAGAGCUGCUUUGUGUCCAGUCAGCCCAGGACAACGUAGCCCCACCUUCCACAGGGGCCUGAGUCUUGCCUGGGCCAGGUGUCCCAAGCAGCUGUGAGGGCUGCAGGCAUCCAUCUCCUCAGUGAGAGGCAGGUACCCUGCAGUGAUGGCCAGGCUGCUGGCCAGGACCUGCUGCUUCAAAGCUCUUUCUCAGGCUCCCAGAUGCCCCUCUGGGCUGGUGGCUGCCAGAUCCUGGAGCCACGGGACUCUCACUGCUUACAUGCCUGAAGCUGUCGCCUUCCCCAGACCCAAGGACCACCAACAUUUGUACAAGGUGUCAGUGGAGCAGAGUGACAUCUUCUGGGGAACACUAGGAAGGAGCCGGCUCACCUGGAUCACCCCCUUCCACUCUGUCCAGGACUGUGACUUGUGCCAGGGCAGAGUCUCCUGGUUCCUGGGUGGGCAGCUGAAUGUGACAGUGAAUUGUCUGGACCGUCACGUCCAUGUAGCCCCAGACAAAGUGGCCUUAAUCUGGGAGAAGGAUGAACCCGGAGAGGAGGUACGGGUGACAUACAGGGAACUGCUGGAGCUAACGUGCCGCCUGGGAAAUACCUUGAAACGGCAAGGGGUGAAGCAGGGUGACAGAGUGACAAUCUACAUGCCCCCGUGCCCACUGUCAGUGGCUAGCAUGCUGGCCUGUGCCCGCAUCGGGGCCGUGCAUGCUGUGGUGUUCGCUGGCUUCAGUGCAGAUUCUCUUGCUGACAGGAUCCGGGAUGCCCAAUCAGAGACGGUGAUUACAGUGAACCAGGGGCUAAGAGGUGGCAAGAUUAUUGAGCUAAAGAAGACAGUGGACCAGGCUGUGAAGCAGUGCCCUGGAGUGAAACGGGUUCUGGUUUCUAUGAGGACCACCAGCAAGGUUCCCAUGACAGCUCUAGAUGUGCCCCUGGAAGAGGAGAUGAUGAAGGAGGAGGCAUGCUGUGAGCCUGCUGUCAUGGACAGUGAAGACAUGUUGUUUCUUCUCUACACAUCAGGCAGUACUGGCAAACCCAAGGGCUUGGUUCAUUCCCAAGCUGGCUACUUGCUGUUUGCUGCUCUCACACACAAGUACGUGUUUGACUACCAGGACAGGGACAUCUUUGGCUGUGUGGCAGACAUCGGCUGGAUCACGGGACACACCUAUGUGGUCUACGGCCCCCUCUGCAAUGGUGGUACCACUGUCCUUUUUGAGAGCACUCCUGUCUAUCCUAACCCAGGCCGCUACUGGGAAACAGUAGAGAGGUUAAGAAUUAACCAGUUCUAUGGGGCGCCCACCGCCAUCCGCCUGCUCCUGAGAUACGGUGAUGAAUGGGUGAAGAAGUAUGAUCGCUCUUCUCUUAAACUGCUUGGCUCAGUGGGGGAACCCAUUAACAAGGAGGCAUGGGAAUGGUACUUCCGUGUGGUCGGUGAGACACGAUGCCCAGUAGUGGACACUUGGUGGCAAACUGAAACAGGAGGCAUCUGUAUCUCACCCCGUCCUUCUAAUCCUGGAGCUGAAAUCCUUCCAGGCAUGGCUAUGAGACCCUUUUUUGGGAUCAGCCCCUCCCUCUUGGAUGACAAGGGAAAUGUUCUUCUGGAAAAUGACGUUUCUGGAGCUCUUUGCAUCUCACAAGCCUGGCCCGGUAUGGCACGAACCAUUUACAAUGACCACAAGAGAUUUCUGGAAACUUACCUGACUCCUUAUCCAGGAUUUUACUUCACUGGGGAUGGUGCAUAUCGUACCAGUGAGGGCUACUACCAGCUAACAGGACGGCUGGACGACGUCAUUAACGUCAGUGGACACCGCCUGGGCACUGCUGAGGUGGAGGAUGUUGUGAAUCACCAUGUGGCAGUGGCAGAGUCUGCUGUCAUUGGCUACCCACAUGAGAUCAAGGGAGAAGGAGCCUACGUGUUUGUUGUGCUGAAGAAGGACAGUGGCUACACACAGGAGACUCUUGCUGCUGAGCUCCAGGAGCUCAUCUCAAAGAAGAUUGCGAAGUAUGCAGCUCCUGAUUAUGUUCAGGUCACACACCGGCUGCCCAAGACACGCUCGGGUAAGAUUAUGCGUCGGGUGCUACGGAAAAUUGUGGAGGACAAGGACAGCGAGCUUGGGGACCUAACCACCCUGGAUGACCAUGAGGCUGUGCAGCAGAUCAUAGAGGGACACAAGCACCUUGUGAGGCGGCAGAAGGGCCACUAGGUUGGCUCUGCCACCAGCUACCUCAUCCUCCUCCUUCACUGCAAAACCAGGAAAAUAUCCAGAAAAGCCAUUAAGCAAGUGGUGGCCAGUAAGUUUUCAGAUCACACUGCCACUGCAGUCUUGGAGUGCCUUCUCCACAACACAAAAGACCCUGAAAACAUGUCUCCAUACCCGUGUAGACAGAAGAGAGAACAUGACUCAUCAUAGGCAGAAAAGUAAGGGGAGACAAGCUAUUUCAUUCCAUGAAAGCAGGGGGCAGAAAGCCCUCCUCGAGGUUCCUUGUGCCUUGCAGUAGCUGCAGAGGUAGCAGCAGGCAGGAUCUCCAGCUCUGGAUAGGGAUACUACUCCUACCUCUGCUCUGCUCUUUAGCAAUAGUCUUGUCCAGGACCACUGCCAAUAUACAAGCAACUCCUCCAAAGCAAACCCCAGAAAGAAAACACCCAACAGUCUGGUUAACAAAUAUUGACUCUUCCAUAAAAACAAUUUGAAAACAGGCCCCAGAUUUUAAUACAAAAAUGUUCUUUUCA